UAAGAGCCCUAAAUCUCAGCGGACCUGACCCACGUGAUGACUUUGCUAUGUCAAACAGCUUCGUUUUGGAAAAUAAGGGGAAAAGCAGUGGGGUAGGCGCAUAGACUUUCCCAUUCAAGAUUCCCCCGUAUAUUUCAUAAGCUCUUAAAAUGUUGUAUCCUUUCUUUCUGCUUCUUAUUCUCACGUCUACUGUUGAUUUGUCAAGACAAGAUGUGAUUGAUAAUUUACUCACGAGUCUAUCAAAGGGAAUUACAUACUUUGAGAAACAGGGAAGAAAUAUCAACCUGGACGGUGUUGUCGGAUACAUAAUACUUGAAGCGCAGCUGCUGGAGGCGACGCGCACCUGGCCUCACUCGGAUUUCUUGAGUCUUUCUCAGCGCUCAGCUGCAGUUUCUCUGCUAAAGAGACUAAACAGAAGCCUUUCAGCUGCUGUCAGUGCUCUUCAGGAUACAGAUCACAAAUAUUUCAAAGAGUUUGAGCCGAUCUUGGACAGCUCCUUUUGGUCCCUGCCUGCAAAAUGGAGUUUAACAGACCCCUCACUGGUUUAUAGUUCAGUGAGGUCUAUGGAGUGCUAUGAUGAGCACCUGAGUGACAAAUGCAUGACUCUAUUACUAGGAACAUGGAAAGACAAUGGAACGCCAUGUAUUGUGACUAAGACCUGCAGAGAUGCAAUGACACAAUUCGGUUGUCCACACUAUUCUCUUUCCCAUCAACUCCUCUACUUCAUGAUAGGAACAAUGAAAGGAUGCUCCAGAAUGCUGAAGGGGGACAUGAGAUUGUCCCGUGUCAAUAUAACUGUGGAACAUUACAAGAGAAUCUUCUGCUCCAACAUGAUACAAAGCAACCAGGAUAUGUUCAAAAAUGGGCUAACUGGCCAAAUGCAAGACAUCUUUUUAGAAAACAUUCUUUUAUGUGGUUUGGAGGGAUUCUCAGAUUUCUAUAAAUUAGACUGGUUACAGUCUAUAAUAACAUGGCAAGAUAAUGAAGUGGGUUGUUUUGGCAAAGAAGAUGACCUCGCCCAGAUCUUCGAGGAAUUUUUGGAUGCACCCCAUAAACGGGUGAAAAGAAGAGAAAAAACACUAAAUGAUGGUUGCUCAAGUCAUAUGACAGGAGUUGCAGUGAGUGCAUUAGGAGGUUUUCUCAACUAUUACCUUUCAGAGCAGGACAUAACGAAGAGGCCAUUAAUCUAGAAAAACAAUUCCUAAAGCAAUAGUUCACCCAAAAAUAAAAAUAUUGUCAUUUGAAGGUGGGGUGCAUGAUCUCUGAAAGCCAUAUUUAAAAUCACCUAAACAAACACACCCCUACCUCAAUCUGGACCUUCUUUUUAUAGACCCGCCUCACACAUACGCAACCCAGGAAACAAUGUCGAUUAGUAGACACGCCCCUUACUGCUGAUUGGCUACAAGUGUGUUUUGGUACUCGGCCCGACUCCCUUUCCCAAAGCUUUUUUUUAAAUCGUGCACCCUGCCUUUAAUCCCCUUUAUGUUGUUCUUAACCUGCUUGAGUUUCUUUAUUUUAUUCACUACAUAGGAAGAUAUCAGUUAUCAAAAUAUCUUCUUUUUUGGUCAACAGAAUAAAGAACUCAUCAAACAUGAGGGAAGUAAAUAAUGACAUUAUUUUCAGUUUUGGGUGAACUAACGCCUUAUUAAAGGGAUAUGUCACAUCUUCUUUUCCAUGAUUUUUUUGAAUUUCGAUAUCUAUUUACUGCAAAAAAGGGCUAAGUGGCAUUUGUGUUCUGUAUUUAACAAAACUCUGCUGGACUGAAACAGCAUUGAAGAUAAUAAACAGAGAUGGGCAAAUGGUCAGAAAAAUAAGUUUUGAGGACAAAUUACUGUAAAAUUGCUUUAAGUAGAGUUAAGUAGAGUAGAGUUUAUACAGUAAAGAAAAAACUAUUCUGUUGAUCAACAUGCCUUUUAAUUCUGAAAAAUAAUAUCCAAACUGUACAAUUAUAAUGCUUUAGAGAUAAAAAAAAUUGUAGUAGAGGCAUAUUUUAUUAUUUUACUGCAAACACAGCGUAGUAUAAGUUAUUAAAAUGUCGUUCUUUGGUGAAUUGUAUUUCUCAGUUUUAACUAAGCUUUUAGGUUGUCAGGGAAGGAACCCCUGUUGGUUUAUU